AUGGUGCAACAUGUGCUCUUCCAGUGCAGGUUUCCCCAUGAUAGGAUGGUUAGAGACAAAAGAGGACAAAUCAAGAAGAAGAAUGCCAAACAACAAAAGCAAAAUGGAGCUCCCAACGAGCUUGUGCCACCUCAACAAGUUUUGAAUCCAGAACAAAAGACCCAAGAUGGAGCAGAGGGCUUUCUAGAAGUGCUGGAUUGGAGACGCCUAGAAAAUCUACGCCUCUCGGAUGAAAAAUUGGAUAGUUGGCUUCAGACUGAAGCAGAUCCAGCCAACUGGCGGACUCACGUGCGUCCAUUCACCAGCCCGGAAGAGUACAAGCUGGUGAAGCUAACUCACCAGCAGCUUCAGCACAGCUCUUACUACUGGGGCUCCAUGAGCAUGCAGGAAGCGCACAAAAUUCUCAGGCUGACUUCAGCCGGCACCUUCCUCAUCAGAGACAGCGGCCAAACCGACGUGUUCUUCACCCUCAGCUACCACAGCGAUGACGGGCCGACGAGCAUCCGAGUGGUCCUCCGAAAGCUGCUCUUCAAUCUCCUAGGCAGCCAAAAGACUUUCCCAUCCCUUUUUGAUCUGCUGGCUUAUUAUAGCCGCCCUUCGUGCAAACUGACCACGCCGUAUAGGCGGCAGCGGCCUGAGCGUCUCAAGCAAAUCUGCAGAAGGGCACUUGUAUGCACAUACGGCGCAGAGAAUGUAAGAACCUUAGAUGGACUUAGUCGGGAGGUGAAAGACUAUGUUCAAGCCUACCCUUAUUCUAUAUAG